AUGAGCGAAGCACCUCCUGCAACAGUCAAUACCCCUCGCGCCUCCGCUGGCUCCAUUGCUACUUCUUCAAUCAGUACUGGCUCCGCUGCUACCGUUGUUCAUCCUUUCGCCCCUGUCUCUGCUGCCGUUAGUUCCCCUCCUGUUUCGACUGUCUCCCUUCCCGUCAGUGCCCAGCCUGCCUCCACUGGAUCCCUUGCCGUGUUUAUCGGCGGCGACGCCCCCCCUACAUCCGUUGCUGCCGAUGCGACUGUAUCCGACGAGGUCAGGCAGCCUCCACGUGAGGAAUGGCUUAGGUACACUUGUGCUGAGGUCGCCGUGGACAAAGGCGCCGCGGAAUCCAUGAGAUCUACGCCUGACCAGCUAGGUUUGACCGUUCAGAAGGCUGUUAUUACGAAAUCCAGCAAUUUGUGGGACAACGGCGAUACCAUCACUUUCGGCUUCAUGAACGGAACACUCUAUCAGCGAGUCAAGGUCUCCAAUGUUAUCACGGAAUGGACAAAGUAUGCAAAUGUCACGUUUCUGCAAAACGUUCCCCCCCACAGGGCCAGUAUUCGUAUUACCUUCGACCCAAGUUCCGGUUCUUGGUCGUAUGUUGGAAAGGAAAUUAAUAAGAUUGACCGGUCACUUCCGACAAUGAACUUGGCCUGGAUAGUUGAGGAUACUCACCUUCCUGAGAUUACCGCGGACGAGAGAGGUGUCAUACUACACGAAUUUGGUCAUGCUUUAGGCUUGAUGCAUGAGCAUCAAUCUCCCGUGCGUGGUGGCAAGAUCCAUUUGAAGCCUGAGGCGGUUAUCGAUUAUUACACGGUCACUCAAGGGUGGACAAGGCAAGACGUCAUUAAUCAAAUUCUCGACGUUUAUGCGUUGAAGGACGUCUCCAAUUUCUCCGAGCUCGAUCUGAAAUCUAUCAUGAUGUACUUUAUGCCAGCGGCAAUGAAUGAGGAGGGUAUCGAGGUCAAACCUAACAAUGAGCUUUCUGACAUCGACAAGGCAUACAUGAUAAUCAACUACCCUUAUCCCGUCGGUACUCCUCUUCUUGACCCGGUAUGGACGUUCGAUUACGCUCUGGGGAUUGCGGGCGUUGAAGGCAAUGCCAGGGACCAGAUUCUUCAAGAGUACCGAAAUUCGAAUUGGUCCGAGGUUAGAUACCAGUUCACAAAUUGGUGCAUCACCGCUCGUGCCGCUCGGGCAGAACGUUUAAACAGUGUGUCUAGCGGUAGUGAAGACACCGUGGGUAAUCCCAGCCACGAAGUGAAGCCCGAAGAUGACGUCGUGGUUGACUGGUGCGCUUCCCAACUCGGUGACAAUGACGUUGGCAAAGGUGCUGCUCAUGGCGUUGCCACGGUCAACAAGGAUUUGUGGCUCCCCGGCGAUACCAUUACGUAUGCUUUCAUCCAGGGUACUGGAGAUGCCACGCCGUAUCGUCAGCAACGCAUUGCCGAUACCUUCAAGUACUACUCGGGUAUUACAAACCUCAAAUUCACCGCCGUUCCUUUCGACCCCGUCAAGGCCUCAGGCGAUAUACGCAUUUAUUUUGGUGAAAUUCCGGGAGGCAAGAUUACGGGUUGGUCUGCCAUUGGCAAGACAUCCAUUAAGCAUCGCCAAAGUCAAGAUGAUAUGACGUUGGCAGGCGGAUCAGUAGAAUCUUCGAUGGUUCUUAGCAAAGCUAUCCCGAAAACUGCGGCUGAAGCGAAGGGUGAUUGGGUGAAGCGGGUUGAGGAGAGAACCCUUUAUCAUGAAAUCGGCCAUGCUCUUGGCCUUAAGCAUGAGCAUGUAUCCCCAUUCACAGAAACGAAAAAUCCACCGAAUAAAGACGUGUCAGUUGCGACGCCGUUUGACAAGAAAUCGGUCAUGUUGUACGCGAAUAAGAAGCUCAAGGUUACGAGUGCUUGGGAUUCGCUCAAAAGCUUCUUCGACUUUCAUUCGACGGAUUAUAACCACGCACCCUCGGCAAUGGACCAGGCCUUUAUUGGGAUUCUCUAUCCUUAUCCCGAAGGACACGUUAAGGACAGCUUCAAGGCAAACAUCGACACUUUGGGUCUGUCAGAUAACUUUACAAACUACGCCCAGCAGCGAAACAUUGCCUUUUCCCAUUCUGGUCAGCCGGAAUUUGCGGAUCAGAUCGCAGCGUUACGAAAUAUGAUCAAAGCUGAUCUGGCACAGCUCGCUACAAGUCGCGGCACUAGCGGUGCACCUAGUGCUGCGAGAGGAGUGAAUGCGGACGUAGAACAACCACCAUUUAGGGCUCGAGGAGCCGCUCCGCCGCCGGGACCAACGACUGGGCCGUUCAUCGACAUUCUUGUCGGCAAAAUCACCGAAUUGUUUGCGCCCAGCUCGGGUCAAAUUUUUGCGCUUCAGUUCCCAGGCCGAUUUUUGGCUAAAGAGCAGUAUGCUUGGGAUAGCUCUAGCGCUGGCGUCUAUGGCCAGUUUGUCAAGCCAACAAUUGUUAACGAGAACGAAUUUAGGUUGACCGACCAACUGUACAACGUUGGAAACGUUAUCGGCGCUCCCAACGGGAUCAACUUGUCAAUUGUUUACGAGCAAUGUCUAAACAAUCUGGUGCCAGGUAUCCAGCCAGCGGCCAUUAAUUUUGCGAAUCAGCAAAAUCAAAUACGUAAAUGGCUCUUGAGGGAGGUACCUGCGACUGGUUGGGUUAAGGACCUUAUAGCCGCCCAGCACACUGCGCCUCCGCCCGUGACCGCAGUUGCGGCUGGGGGACCCGUUGCCGCUCGAGCUCUCAACGCUGGCGUAACUAGUGGGGCCGCCUCCUCUUCUAUCGACACACCAAAGCCUGCCUUUGCAGUUGCCAACAAGCUUACUACUGACCAAAAGGUCAAUCGUAUGGAGCUUUCUGCUGCGCUUAUGACAGAGUACUUGACGGCUCAGCAAGCCUGGGAGCUUGAACGCGACGAAAUGAUCAAGAGCGCCAAGGGCGAUGCUUUGGAGGAUGUCACUCGUCGGCUUGCCCAUAUUACUCCUAUCCGUGAAGCUCAACUCGCAUCAAAGUACGGCGAUGCUGUUGUUCGCGGUUACUCGCAUACGAUUCGUCAAUAUCUUGGUUAUAUGGAUAUUAAGAGCGCCGCCGAAUUCCUGCAGGACGCUAAGGAUGCCCUUCGCCAGUCUGCCACCAGCUCCUUGGACGGAAGCUUGAAGGUUUAUCCUGUUCAGAUGCAACCCAUUGACUGGUAUCAAAGUCUUGACACUAAUUUUACUAUGGAGGAUCUCACCGCGGACCCCGACUUGAUCGAACAACAAAUCGAUGCUAAAUCGAAAGCUCUUGACAUUCUUCAAUCACGCCUUGCCGUCAUACGGCACAGCCCCACGACCGAUCUCAAGGACCUGCAGGACAAGCUUGACGCAGCAGAGUCAGCUUACGAUAAAGCUCAAGCUGAGCUGUCGACCACUUACACAAGCAAUGUUAUUUCGCUUGCCCAGACUUGCAUUAACGCCAACAAUGAGUUCGUCAUGAAGGAUUUUGACAAAGCAGCGAAGGCUGCCAAGAUUGCCACUGCCGCUUUUGCCAACAUCGAAGUGGGAAUGGGCAAACUUACCUCAGCCCAACUCUCUGUUACUCAAGCUUCUCGUGCAUAUACUCGUCUGCUGUCAGCGAAGGUCCUUGCUGAGGCGACCGACACCACAAAUGAGACGAUUUUGAUCACCACCCAGAUCAACUCACUUAACAAGGACAUUGCCGAACUCACCGCUCGUGUAAAGGCGUUGCGGUACAAGGACAAUGCCAGCACGGCGGUUCCUACUCCGACCAACCUGACGCCAAUGGGCAAUGCGAAGAUUGCCUCCAUCAAUGAUGUUGAUAUUCUUCCUGCAGAAAAGACAUCGGGCGGCAGCAGGUGGCAAGAAUUCCUCAUGAACCACACUGUCACGAGCACGUUCUCCACGAGUAGCCAGUCUAGCGAGGCGAACACCUCCAAAUCGGAUUGCAAUUUCUUCUUUGGUUCCUACCACAGCGAAUCAUCCAGCGCGAGCUCAUCCUCCAGUUCCCUCUCAGCAGACUCGUCAAUUACGGUUCAGAUUGGCUUCCGGGCCACCUUGAUAACUGUCGAUCGUUCAGGCUGGUUCCAACCUCAGUUUUUCAAACAAUCAAACGGUUUCUACCACAUCGACGACACCGUUUCUUGGUCCAAGUGGCCUUCGGAUAUUAAAACUGUCGAUGACUUGAGAACUAAGGGUGCAUCUACUGGUGCUUUUGAUAAGAUCAAUAAGUAUCUCUUCCCCACAUUCCCAGCCGGUUUCCUUUUCUGCAAGGAUAUUACUAUCAAGGUCGCCCUAUCGGCGACUGACGUUGCAUCCAAGGGUUCGGCCUACGAAAACGCCAGUGCAUCUUCAGGUGGCAUUCUCUGCUGGUCUACCAGCUCAACUCACCAGGACCAAGGGUCCAGCAAGACAUAUUCCUAUACGCAAGCCGAAGACGGUUUUAUCAUUCGCAUUCCAGGUCCCCAGAUCCUGGGGUACAUGAUGCAGUUUACUGAUCCAGACGUGACUCAGCCACUCCCUAACCAGCUUCCCGCAGGAUUCCUCGUUCCCGAUGACGAAUUUGAUGCUGUAGCCACGGCGGCUUCUCAUGCAGUUGCCCCCACCUCCACGACCACCACCGGAGCUACCAGCACGGCCGCUUCUGCAGCCAAAUUUAGUGACCCAACAAAAUCUGACACUACUACCCCUGCUACUAGCAAAGUCCUGGCCUAG